AGUGAAGCUAUUAGUCGCGCGGCGUAUUCGCUGCCGUGGUAUCAAUACCCUUGCAGUUUACGAAACCCGACGAACUUGCUUAUAAUCAGAAGUCAGAGGCCGGUCCGCUUAACCGCUGGAAAAUUCGCAGUCCUUUCGCUGGAAACGUUUGCCUCUAUGAUAUCCACCGCUGCUUCGUUCUUCACCAUGAUACGAAGCGUGAACUGACGUUUAUUCAUCGAGCAACACCUCUAUUUCCUUUCUCUGUUCGUUCGUUCACCUAGCAAUCAUCAAG